CGCCGGGAAGGCGGCACCGGCGCCGGCGGCUCACACUGUGCCCACUCCCGGGUGCUGCGUUCCUGUAGCGGGUGGGCUUCUCAAACCCUGACCGGCCGCAGCCCCUGCAGAAGAGGUGGCCUCUGCAUCCCAGUUUCUCAUUGCGGGGACACUCCAGCACGUGCGACCCUUCUUUGGGGGUGUUCUUACGAGCGGCUACCAAGCAGAGGGCACCCAACUUUGCCAUCUUGAGGGUCGCCCUCACUCAACGCGAGCUUGCUUGCUCAGCUGCACAACUAGGGACUCCGUGCUCCUGGCGGCGGAGCUGGUCCCCAGCCCGGCGCGCUGCGAGCAGAGGAUAGCUCUGGAGAAGUGGCGGGGAGCAGUAGCGGCAGCUGCCUCGAUUUCCCUUGCAGUGCGCUGAAGAGGACCCUUGGAGCCCCUCCGGGCCCCGGGCGCUGGAUGACUGGCAGGAGGAACGCUCCCCACAUCUGGGCUGGUGUGUGAAAGCUCGGCGUGGGUGCCCAUGUGGCUGUCCAGUUCAGUGUGAUUCAUGACGGAGGACACACGGCUCUACCCUCUCUCUCCUCGGUACUUUUCACACAUGAGGAGAAGGUGAGCUUCGUAGAAGACACGUUCCCAGAGUCAGAGACCCCUUGCCCACCAUGAAGGGAGCCUGCAUCCUUGCAUGGCUGUUCUCAAGCCUGGGAGUGUGGAGACUCGCCCGCCCUGAGACCCAGGAUCCCACCCAGUGCCAGAGAGCCGAGCAUCCUGUCAUCUCCUACAAAGAAAUUGGCCCCUGGUUACGGGAGUUCAGAGCGGAGAAUGCUGUGGAUUUCUCGAGGUUAACAUUUGACCCAGGACAGAAGGAACUUAUCGUAGGAACAAGGAACUAUCUCUUCAGAUUACAGCUUGAAGAUCUGUCUCUCAUCCAGGCUGUGGAGUGGGAGUGUGAUGAAGCUACCAAGAAGGCCUGUUAUAGCAAGGGCAAAUCGAAGGAGGAAUGCCAGAACUAUAUCAGAGUGCUCUUAGUGGCCGGGGACCGGCUAUUCACCUGCGGGACCAAUGCUUUCACACCUGUCUGUACCAUCCGCUCGUUAAGUAACCUGACUGAGAUCCAGGAUCAGAUCAGUGGCAUGGCGCGCUGUCCCUACAGUCCCCAACACAAUUCGACAGCUCUGCUCACUGCCAGUGGGGAGCUUUAUGCUGCAACAGCCAUGGACUUCCCAGGGCGAGAUCCAGCCAUUUACAGAAGUCUGGGUUCGCUACCUCCUCUUCGAACUGCACAGUACAACUCCAAAUGGCUCAAUGAACCAAAUUUUGUGUCUUCCUACGACAUUGGCAACUUCACCUACUUCUUCUUCCGAGAAAAUGCCGUGGAGCAUGACUGUGGGAAGACCGUGUUCUCCAGGGCUGCCCGGGUCUGCAAGAACGAUAUCGGAGGGCGGUUCCUGCUGGAGGACACCUGGACCACCUUCAUGAAGGCUCGCCUCAACUGCUCCCGGCCUGGGGAGGUGCCGUUCUACUACAAUGAGCUGCAGGGUACCUUCUUCCUGCCAGAGCUGGACCUGAUCUAUGGCAUCUUCACCACCAACGUGAACAGCAUCGCUGCCUCUGCUGUGUGUGUCUUCAACCUGAGCGCCAUCUCGCAGGCCUUCAAUGGACCUUUCAAGUACCAGGAGAACUCUCGCUCAGCCUGGCUGCCUUAUCCCAACCCCAACCCCAAUUUUCAGUGCGGCACCAUGGACCAGGGCCUGUAUGUAAACCUGACAGAAAGAAACCUACAGGACGCUCAGAAGUUCAUUCUGAUGCAUGAAGUGGUACAGCCAGUGACCACUGUGCCCUCCUUCAUGGAGGACAACAGCCGCUUCUCCCACGUGGCCGUCGACGUGGUGCAGGGCAGGGACACACUCGUCCACAUCAUCUAUCUGGCCACAGAUUAUGGCACCAUCAAGAAAGUACGGGCUCCCCUGAGUCAGACCUCAGGCAGCUGUUUGCUGGAAGAAAUCGAGCUUUUCCCAGAGAGGAGGAGGGAGCCCAUCAGGAGCCUGCAAAUCCUCCACAGCCAGAGCGUCCUGUUUGUGGGACUACAGGAACAUGUAGCCAAGAUCCCGCUCAAAAGGUGCCACUUCCACCAAACACGCAGUGCCUGCAUUGGUGCCCAGGACCCUUACUGUGGCUGGGAUGUGGUGAUGAAGAAGUGCACGAGCCUGGAGGAGAGCCUGAGCAUGACGCAGUGGGAGCAGAGCAUCUCCACCUGUCCGACCAGAAACCUUACUGUGGAUGGGAGCUUUGGCCCGUGGUCUCCAUGGACACCCUGCACACACACAGAUGGCACUGCUGUGGGAUCCUGCCUCUGCCGGUUGCGCUCCUGUGACAGCCCAGCUCCACGGUGUGGUGGCUGGCAGUGUGAGGGCCCUAGGAUGGAGAUCACCAACUGUUCCAGGAAUGGAGGCUGGACUCCCUGGACCUCUUGGUCACCCUGCAGCACUACCUGCGGCAUUGGCUUCCAGGUGCGGCAACGCUCCUGCAGCAACCCCACACCCAGGCAUGGAGGCCGCGUGUGCGUGGGCCAGAACCGGGAGGAAAGAUACUGCAAUGAACAUCUGCUCUGCCCACCGCAUGUGUUCUGGACAGGCUGGGGACCUUGGGAGCGGUGCACGGCCCAGUGCGGGGGUGGCAUUCAAGCCCGCCGUAGGACCUGUGAAAAUGGGCCUGACUGUGCAGGAUGUAAUGUGGAGUACCAGCCCUGUAACACUAAUGCGUGCCCAGAGCUGAAGAAGACCACGCCGUGGACGCCCUGGACACCUGUCAACAUCUCCGACAAUGGUGGUCACUAUGAGCAGCGGUUCCGAUACACUUGUAAAGCCCGCCUGCCGGAUCCCAACCUGCUGGAAGUGGGGAGGCAGAGGAUUGAAAUGCGGUACUGUUCCAGCGAUGGUACCAGCGGCUGCUCCACAGAUGGACUUUCUGGAGACUUUCUACGAGCGGGAAGAUACUCUGCCCAUACUGUCAAUGGGGCCUGGUCAGCCUGGACUUCCUGGUCCCAGUGCAGCCGAGACUGCAGCAGGGGCAUUCGGAACCGGAAGCGUGUUUGCAACAACCCAGAACCCAAGUAUGGGGGCAUGCCAUGCCUUGGUCCGUCCCUGGAAUUCCAGGAGUGCAACAUUUUACCCUGUCCAGUGGAUGGUAUAUGGUCCUGUUGGUCAUCCUGGUCUAAAUGCUCAGCAACCUGCGGAGGUGGACACUACAUGAGAACCCGCUCUUGUACGAAUCCAGCCCCAGCCUACGGAGGGGACAUCUGCCUGGGACUGCACACGGAGGAGGCGCUCUGCAAUACACAGACUUGUCCAGAGAGCUGGUCAGAGUGGUCCGACUGGUCUGUGUGUGAUGCUUCUGGCAUCCAGGUCCGUGCUCGGCAGUGUAUUCUUCUGUUUCCUGUGGGCAGCCAGUGUUCCGGAAAUACCACAGAGAGUCGGCCAUGUGUGUUUGACUCUAAUUUCAUCCCAGAAGUGUCUGUGGCAAGAUCCAGCAGUGUGGAAGAGAAAAGGUGUGGAGAGUUCAACAUGUUCCACAUGAUGGCCGUGGGCCUCAGCAGUUCCAUCCUCGGCUGCCUCCUUACCCUGCUUGUCUACACAUACUGCCAGCGGUACCAGCAGCAGUCCCAUGAUGCAACUGUCAUCCACCCUGUCUCCCCUGCUGCUCUCAACAGCAGCAUAACCAACCACAUCAACAAACUGGAGAAAUAUGAUUCAGUGGAGGCCAUCAAGGCAUUUAACAAAAACAACUUGAUCCUAGAGGAGAGAAACAAAUACUUCAGCCCCCAUCUCACUGGGAAGACCUAUUCCAACGCCUACUUUACAGAUCUCAACAAUUAUGAUGACUUCUAGCUGCUCUUUCGCUUCUGGCUCCUUGGAAACUCUCUGCUUCUCAAAGCCGUGCUCCAUGACUGCCCUUAUUUCUGAGGCUUCAGAGAUAAAGUGUGGAUCCAUUUCAAGUGCAUUUCAAGUCAGGACUUCCCCAUCGCUACAAAAGACACACACCCUUAGGCACCUACGUGUUGGGUUGUGGCAGUCUGGUCUGCAGCGAACAUUUGAUUGUUUCUAAGUGAGCCGUGCUGUGAAGUUUCGCAUUGUGCUCCUCCCAGACUCUAACUGGUCUCUUGUUUCAUGAGUUUAAUUUCAUAAAUGUGCCAACCAUGUUAGAAAGUGUCUUCAGAAAUAUAACAUCUUCAUGCAGGGCUUCGUGAUGUUUUAAUUUGAAAACAGACAAACAAACAGCAAAAAGCCAGGCACUUUAUCUGUGAGAUCGCUUCCCUCACAGGGUCCAUUGUAAUUCAAAGAAUGAAGAUAUGACUAUGGCCAACUCUCCCGACCUGGGUUACUCUGUGGGUUCUUGGAAAGCUUGCUUGCUCUUGGAGUGAUUCCUGCCCAGGGAAGACCAGGGAUCCCGCCUGCCCGGGACCUGCCGAGUUGUGGUCCCCUUGCUGUGGUCUGGGAUCCUGACUGUCAUCACUAUGCAGCGAACACCUGAAACAGAGAACAGACAGCGAGACACACAGCGGUUUGCAGCGAAAUCAGCCUUACUCCGACUUUCCUAUUCCGUGGCAUUCCAGGGAGCUCCUUGCCAUGCUAUAGGCCUGCAGGCCACCUGCCUGGGCAGUGGGAAUGUGCCGAAGAGCCAGUCUUAGCAUUGGGGUACACUCCAUGCCCCCCUCUCCCUCCCUGUGAAAAAAAUCUUGAGCAUUAUGAUGCCAAUUAUGGAAAACUUUGAAAGUACCAAACUGUAAUGGAAAGCUACUCUUUAUUUUUCUGUGUUAUGCAGUGUUGAGUGAACUGAUGUUUAUUGACAAACAAUUUUUGUAUUCAGCAUCUUUGAUGUGUUUAAUGUACAUCAAUGGGCCCCUAUCAAGAGCAUUAAAGGUGUCUAAAGCUG